AGGUUACUGUUGAGGAUUCCCCAACUCCCUGCAGUUUCACUCCUCCCUCUCACCUGAGUGGGGCCCUCAAGCCUGGACUCAAGACUCACCUCCAGUUCUCACUCCCCAUUGCCUGGAGGGUUUGCAGAGCAGCCAAUCAGCAUCUCAGUGACUCCCGUUACACAGUCUGCACCCACCGCCUGGACUCCGGGCCUCUCAGACCCAGUAGGUGAGGAUCAUGGGAUUCUCGCCCCUCCUGCUGCUGCUCUUGGGGGCCCUGGCCCCGAGGGAGACCUGGGCAGGCUCCCACUCCCUGAGGUAUUUUUACACCACGAUGUCCCGGCCCGGCCUCGGGGAGCCCCGGUACAUGGAGGUGGGCUACGUGGACGACACGCAGUUCGCUCGGUUCGACCGCGACUCUCCGGAUCCGAGGAUGGAGCCACGGGCGCCCUGGGCGGAGCAGGAGGGGCAGGAGUACUGGGAGGGGGAGACGCGGACAGCGAAGGCCAACGCGCAGACGUUCGGAGAGAACCUGCGCAUCCUGCGCGGCUACUACAACCAGAGCGCGGCCGGCUCCCACACCAUCCAGUGGUUGCAUGGCUGCGACAUGGGGCCCGACGGGCGCCUCCUCCGCGGGUACCAUCAGUUCGCCUACGAUGGCGCCGAUUACCUGGCCCUGAACUGGGACCUGCGCUCCUGGACCGCGGUGGACACGGCCGCUCAGAUCACCCGGCGCAAGUGGGAGGUGGACGGAGCAGCAGAUCAGCUGAGGAACUACCUGGAGGGGGAGUGCGUGGAGUGGCUGUGCAGAUACCUGGAGAAUGGGAGUGAGACGCUGCAGCGCAUAGAUGCCCCAAAGACACAGGUAACCCAUCACCCCACCUCUGAGCAUGAGGUCACCCUGAGGUGCUGGGCCCUGGGCUUCUACCCUGCGGACAUCACCCUGACCUGGCAGCGAGAUGGGGAGGACCUGACCCAGGACUCAGAGCUGGUGGAGACCAGGCCGGGGGGAGAUGGAAACUUCCAGAAGUGGGUGGCUGUGGAGGUACCUUCUGGAGAGGAGCAGAGAUACACGUGCCAUGUGCAGCAUGAAGGGCUGCUGGAGCCCAGAGUCCUGAGAUGGGUGCCCCCACCUCAGUCCUCCAUCCCCACCGUGGGCAUCAUUGCUGGCCUGGUUCUCCUUGGAGCUGUGCUCACUGGAGCUGCGGUGGCUGCAGCUGUGAUGUGGAGGAAGAAGCACUCAGGUGGAAAAGGAAGAAGCUACAAUCUGGCUGCAGGCAGUGAUAGUUCCCUGGAUUAUGAUGAUUCUCUGAUAGCCCCUAAUGUGUGAGACAGCAGUGGGGAGCAAGUGAUGCAGGAUUUCUUCACAUCUUCACCUUCAGCAUCCAUUGGUUUUCUUGUUGCAAAAGGCCUGUGAAUGAUUCUGUCUUUUAACUGAUAAUGUGAAGAGGUGGGGAGACUGGGCUGCUCAUGCCCACCACGACCCUCCCCACACUGAUCUGUGUUUUGUCUCUGAUGGUUUUCGUGCUCCAGAGGCAGGGCUGACUCCCAUGUGCCUGUACUUUGUGUUUUCCUGAGGAAUAAUGUCCACUUCCCAAUUGAAAAUACUAUUACAGCUUUGAAGUUAUUUUUCUUACCUUGUGGGAUUGACGUGUUCAGUAGUGGGGUUACUAAAAUUUGUGAUUACAUAAAUCAGAAGCAUGAGGACCAGCCAGAACUGCAGGUUUGCUGUGCUGAGCUUGUGCAGGUGGGGGCAGGAGAGGCUGUGAGGAGCCGAGGGGGACAGGGCCUGUGUCCAGUCGGUGCUUAGUGCAUCGUGGGCUUUGACGUGAUCACUCCUCAGGGGUCAUCUCUCUGCUCCUUUGUUCUUGUCCUUCAGUAGUGCCUAUCCCAGCAGGGCCUGUAAUCACAGGGACUCAGACACCACCUGGGCCUAUCCUGUCUCCAGGAUGUGGGUGGAGUCUCAUGCGGCCGACCAGGUCACUCCAGACUCAGGGCACAGUUAGGGCCUUGGUCCUCAUACUCUUUGUGUAUAUAUUUGAAAUCAAGACUCAUGUCCUCUCAUGUCCUCUCUCUAACAGCAACUGGAGGCAUCUGUCAUUGUCCCCACAAGACACAGGUGGCCCCUCAACACAGGAGUAUCUGGUGGUAGAGAUGAUUUUACACUCAUUUAGCCUGGGGUCUCCUUUUAGGGCUGUUUUCUUGGGGCGGGGGCAGGAGAGAGCAGCGCUUGGGAAAGAAGCAGAGGGGGCACUGAUGUCAAUAUGGGUGGAGGUGUGUGUGGCAUGUGGCAUGAGCCUGGGAACCUGCUGUUAUGACAUGGAGACCGGGCUCCUCCCUGAGGCCUGUGUCCAUAGUCACUCGUUAGGGAGGAAGUUUGAGGACCCCUAACGUGACAGUAGACCUUGUCCUGCCUCUGGGAGCCCAGGGAGCCUGGGGAGGGCCUGGCUGAGAAGGAGAAAGGGCAGCUCUGGGCUCCUGUGCUCAGCCCUGUGGCCACACGGGGGUGCUGCCGCGCUGUUCUGGAUUCUGGGGAAGCCGCCAGGACGGGGCGGGGUCUGAGAUGGGCAGAGUUGGGGGUGCUGGAGGGUGGCGUCAUGGGGUGAUAGGCUCUGUGAGGAGUGAGAGAAGCAGGGCUCAGAGGAGUAGAGACUCUGGAGCCUGCCCUGGGUGUGAGGUUUCCAGCUUUUCCCCAGGACCCCUCUCUCCAGUCCCUUCAUAGCAAAAUCUGGGAAAACUGGAAAGUAGAUCACUUUUUCCUUCUAUAACAUAUAACUUCGUUAACAGCGUUUUAAAAAUGCUGCUAAAUUUACAGGAAAGUUGCAAAGGUAGUAGAGUUGCUAUAUAACCCAUAUCAUUUCCAAACUGUUAACAUCUCACAUGACUACUAAGUGAUUUGUGAAGUUAAGGAAACAAUAUUGAUGUCGUUUCAAUGAACUCCACACUUUGGGUGUCUUUAAUGUUCCCUAUUAUCCUUUUUAUGCUCCAAUAUCCCAUCCUAGACACCACAUGAAGUCCCUACCUGGUGUCCUUAACAUGUUUCUGGCUCACAGUUUCUCAGACUUUCCUGCUUUUGAGGACACUGUGAGGAGCUGCUUGGGAGAGAUGUCUCAGUUUAAGGUCUUUGCCCGGGCCAGUGGGUUUGGGGGAAGAGACCAUAGAGGUGGCCAGCUGUUCAAUGCAUCAAGUGUACAAAUAUGCAAUUCUUUCCCAUUUAUUUAGUAGUUAAUGUUGUUGUCUUUGGAAGGUGCCAGGGACCAGCCUCCAGCAAAAUGUCAUGUCAGGGGUUCCUGAAAGGAUGAGACGGCCUCGGCGAAAACAAAAGGACUGAAACUUAAGGGCUGAGGGGAAGGGAAUGAGGAGACACUGACACUUGGUAAGGUGUUAGUAUCUUCUGCCAAGAGGCUCAGCAGGUUCUUUAUUUAUACAUUUUUAGCAAGCAGUGAGAUGACAUUAUCAUGUGCAUAGAAACAAAGCAGAAACAAUCAGUGCAUUUCUUUUUCCGUGGGCUUUUGGCCACUACGUGCUCUCAGUAAGAAGGCAACCUUCAAGGAUAAUAAAAAACGAAGCCUUACACUAAAACUCAUUGUUUCAGCUAAACAAUAACCUAAGACAGUAGAUAGCCGCCAGUACAUCCCUAUCAGCCAAAGCCUAAGCGAGAAAGGACUCCUCUUAUUCGCAUGGCCUUCAGCUGGGGACCGGCUGCUACUCAGUUAUCAGAACUUUUUCUAUUUAGAAACUCCUAACUCAAAUAGCUUCAUUUAAAAACUUUCCCAAGGAUCUUCAAAAGAAGGCAAAAGAAAGACCCACUACAACUGUUGUGCUGGAUUGCUUGUCAGGCAUGCACAACAAACUGCCUCCCAUUGUCAAGUGGGCCAAACUGCCAACAACUAAUUUCUAAACAGACAAUUCUUCUUGCCAUUUACUGACAGUAUGCUGAUACAUAUAAUUUAUUGCCUAAUAUACUUUCUGAUAAAUUUUUCUCUCUCUAUGUCUAAGAACAAAAAGCAAAGGGAUGCCAGAUCUUUAGCCCCACGGUGUGAGGCCCCUUUCUCUUUGCUGCUUGUCAGUUUCCUAUCUGGCUGGGGCAGCAAGGCCCUCUGCAGCAGGAAGGAGGUCACCAUGGGCAACUCACACUUAGUGGGUGUUUUGCUGUAAACAUUUACUUCCAUACAGGUUUUUUUUUCCCUAAUACAAGUUUUCAAAUAAGUUAGGUAAAUAGCUGGAGUGUAUGGCCUGUCUAUGAUUGUCUUUAAAAGAAACUUCCAAAAAUCUUCCCUGGUAUCUGGUUUUGGAUAGGCCACCUGGCUCACUGCAGGUUUAUGGUGAGUGUGUGUGUGUUUAUAUUCUUGAAUGUAAAAUUUUCUUUUGUGUGCACGUUGUCUUUGGAAGGACAACUUGUGAAACAUUUCACACAGCACGUCUGUCACAUGAUGAACCUUCACAUCACCAUCUCUCACGGCCCUUGGUUUCCCUUAUGGUUCACUCCUGGCGGUGUCCACGCUGUGGGUUUCAGACAAAUGUACAAUGGUGUGGACACCAUAUUGUAGCCUACAGAGUAGAUUCACUGCCCUCGAUAUCUUCUGUGCUCUAAGGAAACAAAAGCAAAAAUAGGCCAGUGGAACCAUAUCAAACUAACAAGUUCUUACUCAGUGAAGGAAACUGUCAUUAAAUGUAAACACAUCAUUCUGAUUGGAAGAAAAUAUUUGCAUAUCAUACAUCCAUAUUAUACAUAAAUAACACACAUAACAACCAGAACAAUUAACCCAAUCAAAACAUGGGGAGAGGAGCUAAGUAGAAACUUCUUAAUGAAGAUGCAUAUGGUCACAGGCACAUGGAAAAUGCACAUCACACAUCAUCAGGGGAUGCAGAUCAGAACCACAGUAAGACACCACCUGACACCUGUGAGAUGGCUCAUAUUAAAAGACAAAAACCAACAAAUGUUGGCAAGGGAGUAUGGAAAAGAACCCUCAUACAUUGGUGGGAAUUGGUCUAGCCCUACCAGCCCUGUGGAGAAAAGUUUGGAGUUUCCUGAAAAUAUUAACAAAUACAUCUGCCAGAUGACCCAGCUUUCCACUCCUUUGUAUUUAUCCAAAGAACGUAAAAACUAAUUUGAAGGGAUAUAUGAGCUCUGUCUUCAGCUCCUGUGAACAAUGUUCACAAUAGCUAAAUUAUGGAAACAACCAAUGUGCUUAACAAUAGAUGAGUGUGUAAGAGGGUGGUCCCCUGGAGAAGGGGAGGUUCCAGAUUCCCUGCCCCACCCAAGGGAGGGUGGAGCUGAGCAGGGAGGAGAAGAAGCUGGAAAGAAUAUGUGGUAUAAUAUACACAAUGGAAUACUACUCAGCUGUGAUAAAAGAUGAAAUCUUGAAUUUACAACAACAUGGAUGGAACCUGAAGAAAUCAUACUAAGUGAAAUCAGGAGAGCAACAAAUACCAGAUGAUAUUCAUAUGUGUGAUAUAAAGAAACAAUGCAAAGGGGGAGAUAAUACCAAGCCAAACCCUUGGAAUCUGGCUGCACAACUGAGGCUACAUGAGUAGGGUGAGAGUGGGCAGUAGAAGGAGUAAGAAGGUCCAGAGGACUAGGGCUGGAGACUUGGGUACCUUGAAGGUGGGAGUGAGGUAACACCUGAAGAGGUGUGAACCUGUCCCUCUGAGUUAUGCACAGUGUGUAAAUGGAUCUUGCCUCAAAAAAUACAAUAAUAAAAUGAAACUCUUAAAACAAGAGAGAAAGUAAAUUGUCUCGUCCAUCCAUCACUGACCUCAGGACUUUGCCUUGACCUCCUCACUGUCAUGAGGAUGAGGGACUGGUUUCCCACAAGGUCAGAGGCAGGAGGUGCAGGGACUCCUGGGGCUGCUCAGACCUGGCUGAGUAGAGAUACUGCAGAGAGGGUGGCUCUGAGGGGAACCAGAAACGGGGUCAGAAAAACUCCAGUGUUGAGGAUCUGGUUCCCUGUGUGAGAGGAAUGAGUGUGUGUGAAUGACAGGAGAGACGGGGCACACCACGUAAGACAGUGGGAGGACAAUUACAC